UGGCGGCCGUGCACCUGUACCUGCUGCCCUGGCGGAAGGAGUUCACCACCAUCAAGACCUUCUCCGGGGGCUACGUGCAUGUGCUGAAGGGCGUGCUCUCCGAGGAGCUCCUCAUCCAGAGCUUCCAGAAGAUGGGCUACGUGCGCAGGGACAACCACCGUCUGAUGGUCGCCACCCUGCCCCCCGCCUGCCAGCUGGUCCAGGUGGCCCUGGGCUGCUUCGCACUGCGGCUGGAAUGUGAGAUCCUGGGGGAGGUGCUAGCCCAGCUGGGCACCAGUGUGCUCCCAGCCGAGGAACUGCUGCGGGCUCGGCGCGCCAGUAGGGACGUGGCCUCCUGUGUGGCCUGGCUGCAGCAGCGCCUGGCCCAGGAGGAGGAGCCACCGCCCCUUCCCCCAAGGGCGCCCCUGGACCUUUAUCGGGACCUGCAGGAAGAUGAGGCCUCAGAGGGGGUCAGCCUGUACAGGGGGCCGUUGCCUGGCCCUGACUCACCCCCCAUGGAGCUAGCCUACCUGCCACCGCUCUGGGAACAGAGUGCCAAACUCUGGGGCAGCGGGGGCCACACCUGGGAGCCCCCAGCUGAGGAGCUGCCCAGGGCCAGCAGCCCACCCUACGGGGCCCUGGAGGAGGAGCUGGAGCCCGAGCCCUCUGCCUUCUCCUUCCUGUCGCUACGCCACGAGCUGAGCCAGCCUGGGGACCUGGCUGCUCCAGAAGCCCCUGGGAGUCCUGGACGGGCCAGCCCCAGGCAUAGGCGGGCAGAGGUGACACCGGCCUCAGCCUACAGCCCUGUCCCUGAGCCCCUCGGCUACCAGGCACACAGCUGCCUGGCGCCUGGUGCCCUGCCCACCCUGUGUUGUGACACCUGCCACCAGUUGCACGCUGCCCACUGCGCUGUGCUGCCUGCCUGCCGCCAGGGGCACUCACUGAGGGCGCUGCUCAGUGACACCCAAAGGCGCCUGUGGCUGCAGCGUGCUCGGGUGGACACCCUGCUCUACGACAGCCCUGGAGCCCGACCGUAGGCUCGACCGCCAGUGGUUCCAGGUGACAGUUUCCAUGGUGCUUCUCUGGGGGCGGCCAGGGCCCCUGGCUGCCCCCUCCAGGCCUAGGCAGUCUGCCCCUGCGCGGUAGAAAGGGACCCUAACCUGCUAGCAGAGGCUGAGCCAGGCCACAGGGACUUCCCUUGCAUUCUUGUCCAGUGCCCAGCCCCACAAAUGCGAACAGCAGGGUCAGCCUGUGUCACGGUGCCCAAACCUGUCCCCAGGAAGGACCCUGCGCCUUGGAGGCCCACAGACACCCCCCCGCCCCGUUCGUGACCACUUUCUGUUGUUUGGGAUUCAGGAUAAGCUGCUGUCUCCCGUGUCCAGGCUUCCUACACAGCCCUGCCCUGAGGCUCUGUCAGGGACAUGGCUGAUCUAGCUGAGGACCAGGCCUCUCCGAGUGUCAUGGCCAGGAGGGGUUGGGAGGCGAUCACCCUCCUGCCCAGUGGAGAUGAUGAUUCUCAGCUACUGGCAGCCCAGCUGCCCUAAAGGACAAGAAUGGGGCCACUGUGCCCAUGGUGGGUGCACACAGUGGGUCACUGCCACUUUCUUGGGGGCCCCAGAACCACCCACCCACAGGAGGCGAAAGGCCCGGUUUGCCUGGUGAGGACAGAUACAGCACCCAUGGCCCUGUGUCCCAACCUCUGCACUCCUCUCUGAGCCUCC